GAUUGAAAAAUAAAUGCUGAGAAAGAAAUAAAGCUCCCUCCUCUGCCUUGGACUCUUACCAUGGGUAUUGGGAAGUCUAAAAUCCAUACCUGCCCUCUUUCUCUCUCUUGGCGUAAAAGCCACAGUGGGGACACAGGUCAAGGCCAUCAUGAGUCACAGUCCAAGAAAUGUGACGAUGUCCCCUUGUGUGAUGGGCAGCAUGGCAAUACGACAGAGCAGCUGACAGGAGGGCAGGAGGGAGCUGAGAUGUUAGAAAAGAUGCUUGAAGAAGAAGCAGAAGAAGUCUUCCUCAAAUUUGUGAUACUGCAUGCAGAAAAUGACACAGAUGAAGCCCUCAGAGUCCAGGAACUGCUACAAAAUGACUUUGGUAUCAAGCCUGGAAUGAUCUUUGCUGAGAUGCCAUGUGGCAGACAGCAUUUACAGAAUCUAGAUGAUGCCGUGAACGGGUCUGCGUGGACAAUCUUGCUCCUGACUGAAAACUUUCUAAGAGAUACCUGGUGUAAUUUCCAAUUCUACACGUCCCUGAUGAAUUCCGUGAACAGGCAACACAAAUACAACUCUGUCAUUCCCAUGCGGCCCCUGAACAACCCCCUGCCCCGGGAACAGACUCCUUUUGCUCUGCAGACCAUCAAUGCCUUAGAGGAAGAAAGCUGUGGCUUUUCUACACAAGUAGAAAGAAUUUUUCAGGAGUCCGUGUACAAGACACAACAAACCAUUUGGAAAGAGACAAGAAACAUGGUACAAAGGCAAUUUAUUGCCUGAGAAGAAACACACACACACCUGGUUGGCUUCUGUUUUGUAAACCAAAGGCUUAAUCUUCACUUGAGAAAUUUAAAUAAAAGAGAGCCUGUUCUUACAGAAGCCCAGGGAGCAAAGAAAGAUACAUUUCUGCAGGACUACAAUUGUGGUACUUUCUGAUGUUUCAAUAAACACGAGAUUGUCAGAGUUUUAAGAACAUUUCUCUCACAUUUUCCUAGUUCAUGGUUACAAGCAAAUUAUCUCAAUUCAUAUUCCUUGCUUUGAACCAUGAGUAAAAAUGUGGAUGGAAGGCAUUUUUUAAAAAUGUGGUAAUACGUUCAUUCUCUGAAUUUUGUUCUCAAAGGACAUGAAGAAAAUGGCUCCACCAGGUCGACCAAUCCUUCUUAAGGCACCUCCUGAGAAUGUCACCACAAGGCAUCCCAGGUACUGUCACCCAGGAAUACGGAUUGCCAGAUUAUGUCCAUCCAGUUGAAUUAUUUCCUUUUCUGCUGGAAUUUGUGUAUUUUGAAGCCGUUCCCACCACUGAGGGGCAAUCCUUUUGAGAAUGUGGUAUUUAGGGACUUCACGCUAUUGGGACUCAGCAGGAAAUGUUCCCAACCUAAAGCUCUCAUGUUAGUCCUCAUCUGUAAGCAGGGUUUCUUGCAGAGCUUCUGAAAAGUGUGUGAUUAGCUAGGCAUUUCCAUGAAAAUCAAUAACCUCUUCUACAGUAGCCUUUAACAAACUUCCCUCACACAUAGCCCUCUACUCAGGAAAUGUUUUUCAUCUAGGUGGCCUGACACGUGUGUGUGGUGUAGAUUAUUUUUUAAAGACUUGGAAUAGAAGUAGUAAAAGUAGGAGAUACAUUUUACCUUUUCUUUCUUCUUUUUUUUUAUUUGGUGGGACUAGGGUUUAAACUCAGGGCUUUAUUCUUGCUAGGCAGCCACUCUUACCA